GUAAUUUUUUUUUUUUUUAAAUCAGCACCGAGAUGGAACUGCAGCUUCCACCUCAUGAGGGAGAGGAGCUCUCCGUGGUUGACAUGCACACAGGUGGAGAGCCUUUACGGAUCAUCCACAGCGGCUACCCAGAGGUCAAAGGUGACAGUGUGCUGUCCAAACGUCGUUACGUCCGGGGACAUCUGGAUCACCUCAGGAGGGUGCUGAUGUACGAGCCGCGGGGACACUACGACAUGUACGGAGCCCUGGUUGUGGACAGCGAGCUACCUGAGGCGGAUCUGGGGGUGCUGUUCAUGCACAACGAGGGGUACAGCACUAUGUGUGGACACGCAGUCAUCGCGCUGGGCCGCUUCGCUGUGGACUACAAACUGGUGAAAGAACCACAGUCACCAGAAACUCAAGUCAACAUCCACUGUCCCUGUGGUCUGGUGAAGGCGUUUGUUGAGUACUCUGAUGGUAAAACCGGAGGAGUGAGGUUUCUCAGUGUGCCAGCGUUUGCAUUUGCUACAGAUGUGAAGGUGACGGUGGAAAGGUUUGGUGAGGUGACGGUUGACAUCAGCUAUGGAGGAGCAUUCUACGCCUUUGUAGACGCCCAGAGGUUUGGCCUCGAUGUGACCAAGUCCAGGACUCGAGAUCUGGUGGAUGCAGCCACAGCAGUGACCGAUGCUGUCAAAUGUCAGGUAAAGUUGCACCACCCAACCAGUGAUGAUCUGGCCUUCCUCUAUGGCACCAUCCUCACAGACGGCAAAGAUAAUUACUCCUCCGAUCCCACCGCCAAUAUCUGUGUGUUUGCUGAAGCGCAGGUGGACCGGAGCCCCACUGGUUCUGGUGUUACAGCCCGAGUGGCUCUCCAGUAUCACAAAGGUCUCAUCCAGCUGAACCAGACCAGGACGUUUCAGAGUGGAGCCACUGAGUCCCAGUUCACAGGGAAAGCUGUUGAGGAGACAAAGUGUGGAGACUUCAAGGCUGUAGUGGUGGAAGUUGCCGGCAGAGCUUUUUACACCGGAGUUUCACGCUUUGUGCAGGAGCCAGAUGACAAGCUGACACAUGGUUUUCUCCUAAAAUGAGCCUCAAUUACAUGUUGUGGUAUUAAAUAUAGUUGUAAAUAAAAAGUACUUUAAACAUGUCAUAAAGUGCGUUUGUAGCUUUAAAAACUAUAGAAACUUCCUAAGCGCUCCAAGAAGAGCAUUGGCUAAGUAAUAAACUGUAUUAACGUUUUCUGUUGGUUUUUCUGUGUAAUUAUGGCCUGUGCACAACCACUGACUCAUUAGGUUAGAAACAGAAAAACAUGCACUGCUGUUCACUGCCUGUGACUUUUCCUUUGCAACGUGAUGACCUAAGUCAUAUUAUACACAUGUAUGGACUAUUUUUUUUA